AUGUCACUUGUGUUGUUUCAUCCUGAGGCUAGAUAUAUACUUGGUAUGACAUUGCAACGAACGUUUGAAGGAAUUAUUUGUGAUUACACUCCAUAUUAUUGUGAAGAAAAUGUAUGGAAGUUAUGUGAACGAAUUCAACAAUCAUCAAAGGCUGUCAUACAAGAGUUCUACGCCGUUUUCAUAUCGAACGAUAAUAAAACGGUAGCCUUAUGGAAGCAGCAAGCGAGUGAUAAAGAAAACGGCCUGAUUGUUUGGGUAGUUAAAGCUUGUCUAGCUAGUUUUGCUUUAAUUAUUUAUUCAAUAGGCUAUAACAAUUAUAAGCAUACAUGUGAUGCCAUUAUUUGCCAUGACUAUCACGUAAUACUGAUACGAAAAGCCUCUAAUUUAGUCUCAGUGUUCGACUUCGAUUCGCAAUUGCAGUUUCCGUGUACGUUUUACGAUUAUGUUACACAUGGCUUAAGGCCUGAUGAUGAGUUACAGAAGCAAUUUCAAAGGCUUUUUCGAGUGAUUCCAGCUUUAGAUUUCUUGGAGACUUUUGCUUCCGAUCGCUCUCAUAUGAAAACUACAAAAGAUAGCAAUACCUACCUCAAAGCUCCACCUCCAUAUCCACCAAUCUUUACAAAAGACUGCUCCAUGAAUUUACCGCAAUUCAUUAAGAUGGAAUUGACAUCAGUACCCGGACAGAUAUUAAAUUAUGAAAAUUUUUUACAUUUUUUUAGAUCGGAUUAA